AUGGGGUUGAAAAGAACUCUUCCUUCGAAGUGUCAUCCUCUCAACUACUAUGAAUCCAUGCUUACAGCUCUCUUUGCCAUAUUGCUGGUGGUCUGUGCUGGAUUAAUGGUGGUGUCAUGGCUGACAAUCAGAUCUGAACAAGACACAAUUAUUGGAAAUAAUCAUGAAGCCAGAGGGACAUUUAAAAUAACAUCUGGAGCUGCUUAUAAUCCCAAUUUACAAGACAAACUCUCAGUGGAUUUCAAAGUUCUUGCAUUUGACCUUCAACAAAUGAUAGACGAGAUCUUUCAAUCAAGUAAUCUUAAGAAUGAAUACAGAAAUUCUAGAAUUUUGCAAUUUGAAAAUGGCAGCAUUAUUGCCACCUUUGACCUUUCCUUUGCCAAAUGGGUGUCUGCUGAAAAUGUUAAAGAAGAACUGAUUCAAGGCAUUGAAGCAAACAAAUCCAGCCAACUGGCCACUUACCAUAUUGACUUGAACAGCAUCACGAUCACAGAAGCUGUGGAGUACUCCUCUACAAUAAGCCCUACAACAAUUUCAGAUAAAGUCUCACCAUCCUUGCCUCUGAGGACUAAAGGGAAUGCUUCCAUAAACUGCCUUCCUGGUUCAAGGCCUUGUGCUGAUGCUCUAAAAUGUAUAGCACUUGAUUCAUUUUGUGAUGGAGAAUUAAACUGUCCAGAUGGCUCAGAUGAAGACAAUACAAUUUGUGCCACAGCUUGUGAUGGAAGAUUUCUGUUAACUGGAUCAUCUGGGUCCUUCCAGGCUGCGCAUUAUCCAGUGUCUUCUAAAUCCAAUAUUAUUUGCCGUUGGAUUAUACGUGUAAACCCAGGACUUUCUAUUGGACUGAGCUUUGGUUCUUUUAUUGUAUAUUAUAAAGAUGUAUUAAAAAUUUACGAAGGCAUAGGAUCAAGCAAGAUUUUAAGAGCUUCCCUCUCAGAAAGAAGUCCUGGAACAAUUAGGAUUUUUUCCAACCAAAUUACAGUCACCUUUCUUAUAGGAUCUGAGGAAAGUGAAUAUAUUGGCUUUAAUGCAACAUAUACUGCAUUUAACAGCAAAGACCUUAAUAAUAAUGAGAAAAUUAAUUGCAACUUUGAAGAUGGCUUUUGUUUCUGGAUCCAAGACCUAAAUGAUGAUAAUGAAUGGGAAAGGGUCCGAGGAAACACUUUUCCUCCUCUUACUGGACCAAACGUUGACCACACUUUGGGAAAUACUUCAGGAUUUUACAUUUCCACCCCAAUUGGACCUGGAUGGAGAAGUGUAAGAGUAAGACUGUUAAGCCUCCCAUUGACCCCCACUUUGAAGCCCAUCUGCCUUAGUUUCUGGUAUUACAUGUAUGGUGAAGAUGUCUAUAAAUUUAGCAUUAAUAUAAGCAGUGAUCAAAACAUGGAGAAGACAAUUUUCCAAAAAGAAGGAAAUUAUGGAGCAAAUUGGAAUUAUGGACAAGUUACAAUAAAUGAAACAGUGGAAUUUAAGGUUGCUUUUGAUGCUUUCAAAAGAACACUUCUAAGUGACAUUGCCCUGGAUGAUAUUAGUCUUGCGUAUGGUGUUUGCAAUGCAAGUCUUUACCCGGAACCAACUUUGGUCCCCACUGCUCCCCCUGAACUUCCAACGGACUGUGGUGGACCUUUUGAACUGUGGGAACCAAAUACCACAUUCAGUUCUAUGAACUUCCCAAACAACUACCCCAAUAAAGCUUUCUGUAUUUGGAAUUUAAAUGCACAAAAAGGAAAAAACAUACAACUUCAUUUUCAAGAAUUUAAUUUAGAAAACAUUGCAGAUGUAGUUGAAAUGAGAGAUGGUAAAGAAGAUGAUUCUUUACUCAUAGCUGUGUACACAGGACCCGGACCAGUAAAGGAUGUGUACUCUACCACCAAUAGAAUGACUGUACUUUUCAUCACUAAUGACCAAAUGGCAAGAGGGGGCUUUAAAGCAAACUUCACUACUGGCUAUCACUUGGGGAUUCCAGAACCCUGCAAGUACGAUGAUUUUCAAUGUGAAACUGGAGAAUGUGUUCCACUGGUGAAUCUUUGUGACAGUCAUCCACACUGUAAGGAUGGCUCAGAUGAAGCACAUUGUGUGCGUCUUUUCAAUGGCACAGUGAGCAACAAAGGCAUGGUGCAGUUCAGAAUCCAGAGCAUAUGGUAUGAAGCUUGUGCUGAGAAUUGGACCUCCCAGAUUUCAAAUGAUGUUUGCCAACUGCUGGGAUUAGGGAGUGAGAAUACAUCUACGCCCAUUUUCUCUGCUAGAGAUGGACCAUUUGUAAAAUUGAACAGGACAUCAAAUGGCAGCUUAAUACUAACACCUAGUAAAACAUGUCUACAGGAUUCAUUGAUUCAGUUGCAAUGUAACCAUAAAUCAUGUGGAAGAAAAUUGGUGGUUCGAGAAGUCAAACCAAAGAUUGUUGGAGGAAAUGAUGCCAAAGAAGGGGCUUGGCCCUGGCUGGUUGCUUUAUAUUAUAACAACCAGCUGCUCUGUGGCGCUUCUCUUAUCAGCAGCAACUGGCUGGUGUCAGCUGCACACUGCGUGUAUGGGAGAAAUUUACAGCCUUCUAAUUGGAAAGCCGUCUUAGGCCUGCAUAUGGUAUCAAAUCUGACUUCUCCUCAAAUAGUAACCCGCCAGAUAGAUCAAAUUGUCAUAAACCCACACUACAAUAAACGAAGAAAGGACAAUGACAUUGCUAUGAUGCACCUUGAAUUUAAAGUGAAUUACACAGAUUACAUACAACCUAUUUGCUUACCAGAAGAAAACCAAGUUUUCCCUCCAGGAAUGAAUUGUUCCAUUGCUGGUUGGGGUAGGCUUGCACAUCAAGGUCCUUCAGCAAACAUAUUGCAAGAAGCUGAUGUUCCUCUUCUAUCAAACGACAGAUGCCAACAACAAAUGACAGGGUAUAACAUUACAGAAAAUAUGGUAUGUGCAGGUUAUGAUGCAGGCGGAAUCGAUUCUUGUCAGGGAGAUUCAGGAGGACCGUUAAUGUGCCAAGAAAACAACAGGUGGUUUCUUGCUGGAGUGACGUCAUUUGGAUAUCAGUGUGCACUGCCUAAUCGUCCAGGGGUUUAUGCCCGGGUCUCGAAGUUCACAGAAUGGAUACAACAUUUUCUACAUUAG